AAGCAGUGGCAGCCACACCAUUUGUAUCUCCUUCUUUGAUUUUAAGACCCAACUUCACCUGCUCUCACCAUUUAUUAGAUGCUUCUCCGCCUUAAGUCCCAGCAUUUAUGCAUGCCAACAAGCUAAUGGUGGUGGUUGAUAGUUGAUUAACACAUUCACUUGCAACAGAUUCAGAUGGAUGACUUGCUUCAGAAUCACCUCUUUGCAACACAUGCAAUUGCUGCUGCGGGGUCUGUGACUUUAGGCACUGCUUUUACUUACCCCCUUGACACCAUUAAAACCCUUAUUCAGGUUAGUUCAGGUUCCAGCUCAAAAUUAACUGCAUUUCAGAUUCUAAACAAAGUUCAAGUUUUAUCAGGAAAUUCAGGUUUAUACAGUGGUUUUAAUUGGUUAGCCUGUGGGAGAAUAUUUGGUUUGGGAGCUCGUUUUGGAAUCUAUGAAGUUUUGACAGCCUUCUAUAAGGAUGGUCGAGAAGACAAUUAUGCCUAUGUCUCUGAGGCCCUUAUGGCUGGGAUGGCAGCUGGUGCUGUGGAGUCACUGAUAAGCUCUCCAUUUGAACUUGUUAAACUUCGUGCACAGGUAACCUCUGCCUCCCGCAUUCCAGUCAGAGCUCCGGUUACAGAAAGUAAAGCUGUUGUGCCAGUAAUUGCAAAAUUUCUACCUGGAUAUACUCUGGAUCUGAAGGCAUUGAAUCAAUCUGUGGGUCUUUUAUCUGUAUUAAACAGCAAACAUCCUAAUCUUGCUGGUGCCUUACUAGAGCAUCCUUGGAUGAUGACUGGAUCUGGGAAACCUCCUUCAGUUUAUGAAGUGCGGAGGCUAUCUGACAUUGUCUCUUUGGAGGGCUGGGGUGCAUUUUGGAGAGGUUUACGUUCAGGAGUCAUUCGAGAUUCAAUUUUUGGUGGCAUGUUCUUUUCCACUUGGCAGUUUCUACACCGAGUAAUGCUUGGCUGGAAGGCAGCUGGAAUGGAUCCCCUACCAAUGUCUGAUGAUGAAAUUGGUCCACUCUCUCCUCUAGCCAUUAGUCUUACAGCUGGGUUUUCAGGUUCGUUUGCUGCUGCUGCAUCUCAUGGGUUUGACACUGCUAAAACUCGGUCACAGUGCAUUGUGCUGCCCAAGUAUAUUUUAAUGGAGAGAAAGCUUCUGAAAUGGAGAAGACCAGGGAACUGGUUUGAAGGACUAACAGGAAUCCACCCUGCAGAUAGAAAUCUCUUGUUCCGUGGCAUUUGGCUGCGGACGGCACGCAGUGGGAUUGCUUCGUUUGCGAUUGUUGGAAGUUAUUUCGUGGCUAUCGAUUAUAUUGUUUCAAGAUGACUUGGUCGUCUCAGAGCUCUGACUCAAGGUGGGGAGAUGACUGCAAAACUGACUUAAGAGAUGAUUACAUGCUACCUUACCAACUGGGGAAAAAUUUUGCACAUCAUAAAUGUAAUCCAUUUUCAUUUUUUCAUCCAUCAAAAUAAACUGCGUACAUUUAUUGGAGUGUACAUGAGAUAUUUAAACCUUUUAUGACAAUACGGUUUUAGCUACUGCUCAAAUUUUGAGAAUAGUAUUUAAUAAAAUUAAUUUUCUCAA